CUCUUCACGCUGUUGUCGCGCGCAUGCCGAGACUGCAUCCGCGCACACUCCUGCGCCUCGCCGGCGGUCGAGGGGCGCGCACCCUCUUCUCCCGGCCGACGGCCGCCCCCGUCGAAUGGGUGCUCGACGAGGCGUACAACCUCCCCUUCCUGAGCCGCGCGCACGCCGAGCGUCCCGUGCCGUCGAGCUCUAAAGUGACUCUCGACAUUCUCGGGAUGGACCCGCACGCAGACCGCGGGUCGCACCGCCACGAGCCGGAAGAAGAGCUGCCCUUCGCCGACGACGCCGACCUCCUCGCCUCGCUCUCGGGCAGUGCCCUCCUCUCGCCGUCGGCAGCGUAUCGCGCACUGCGGCAGAGCCCGCUAUUCGGAGCCCAUCUCCAGGCUCUUCUCCCACGCAUUGGCGACGUCUACGCCUCUCUCCGGAGAGAUAACCAUGGCGCACACAACCAGCUCGUGGCCGAUCUUCUCCUCCGCGCGCCGUCGCCGGCGGCACUCCGCUCGAUUCUCCUUGACGAAGCAACACACUAUCCCGAACAUCCUGGUGAUGCCCUCCGCAAAGGCUUGAUAGUGCAGGCAUACCGCGCCAUCAUCCCAUCUCUUCGGCGCCGCGCUCUUGCACCUCUCACCCCUACGGCUUUGGCAGUCAUCGCUCGCGCUCUCAUGGCCGCCGGACACGACCAUCUCGACGUUCUCGACCAUGUCUACUACCAGCUCGCGCACGCUGCGUCAUGGACACGGGAAGACGGCUGGCCAGCCCUUGCCAUCCUCCUGCACCUCUCUAAACACGGGCGGGCAGAGCAUGCCCUCAAGCUCCUGGACUACCCCGUGUCCCUAGGCAAGCUCCCCGCGGCGAUGGGACGCACCUCCGCCUCCCAUUCGGAGCCCGCCACACUUCUUGCCCAGAGCGCUGUGGUCCGCUGCGCGCUCUUCUGGGGCCUGGACCAGCGCGCCUACAACGCCGUCAACGACCUCGUCACGACGAUGUCGCGCACAGCCGUUUCUGGCCCCGCGCUCGAGCUAGUCCUCACCGCGAUACGGGGGGCGACGGUGCGCCGACGCGCCCCCGACGUCGCGUGGGCGGGACGCACGCUCCUCGCGCUCGCCGAAGACGAAGCAUUCCCCCCUCUCCCCAGUGUCGACUGGUACUACGCGGCGGUGCCGCCGACGGCGGCGCUGCGGUUCUACAAGACGCUUCCCGAGAACCGUGCGGCGCCGCCGUCGCCGCGCGAGAUUCUGCGCAUGGCGCUCGCGCGGCCCGAGAAGGCCGCGCUGCGUCGUUUGGCCGAGGACCUCUCGCGCGCGCGCCACGCCGCCCCCGCCGUGCCGGGCAUGCUGCGCGCGCUGGCGGCCGCGCGCCUCCUCCGCCCCGCGCAAAGCAUGUACGCCGCCUGGCGGGCACACAACAAGCUGGACGGGUGCACGACGCUCGCAAUGGUGCGGGGGCUGACGCGCGGCGCGCGAAGCGCGAAACGCUCCGCGGCCGCGCGCACCCUCGUGCACGACUACUUGGCGUCCGCGGCGCUCGACAAAGAGCGCGUCGCGCUGCACGCGUACGCCCUCCUCGGCAGCGAGGAGGACGGGGCGCUCGCCGCCCUCCUCGCCGACGUGGUGAUGCGGCGCGGCGUCGACGCCGCGCAGGACGCAGUCGACGACCUCGCGGCCGCGCACGCCUCGCUCGCGCACCGCCUCGCGCAGAUCGCGCGCGCACACGCCCUCCGGCCGCCGCGCGCGCCCGUCGUCCUCGCCGCCAGCUGUGCGGCGGGACACUGGGGCGCGCUGGCCGUGGCCGGCGGCGCGGCGGGCGUCGAGACCGGCCGUGUCGCCGCCGGCCCAAAGCUGCCCCUCACACCCGUCGAGGAGGCGUGUAUCGCGGCGCUGCGUAAGGCGCGACAGGGACGCAUGCGCGGCGCGGCGCGCCGCUUCGCCGCCGCAUGCGCGUACGACGCGCACUUGCGCGGCGUCGACCUCGAUGGCGAAGGAGAGGGAGAAGGCGAGGGAGAGAGCGAGGGCGAAGGGGUGGUCGACGCCGUCAUCCCGCCUACGGCCGCGGCGCUGCUGCUCCGCGCGGCGGCGUUGCGGCGGUGGGAGGAGGGCUUCGGUGUCCUCUGCUCCGCGCUGCGGGUUACGGGCGAGGAGGGCGUCGUGGAUGCCGCCGGCACAUUUAUUUCGGGGGUAUCCCGCGCCGAGGCGCGCGACGUCUUCGCGGCGCACGCGCACGCGGUCGGGCGGCUUGUGCGCCGCCUCGAGCCGUCGAGCCACGUCCUUCUCGAGACGAUGUUGGAGACUGCGGCGCGGCGCCUCGGCGUGCAGCUGGAGUGAUAUACAACAUGCAUGUACAGAUU